UAUCUGGCGUCUACACGUUCCCCUCUCCUGCCGAAACCCUCGCCAGCCUCCCGCCCCCUUCUCCUGGUUUAGCCUGAAACCAUCGCCUACCUUCCCCCUACUCCUCGAGCGACCGAAACCCCAGCGAUAUAGUCGCGACUAGAACUUUCUGGGAACGCAGCUGCGAUCGCAGCGUACAAAAACCUUCGAAACUCCCAUCUUUCUUCUCCUUCAGCAACUAUCCCAACCGAAACCAUUGACGAAGCUACGUUAACUGCUGAUAUCAUUGGUUUGAGGUUGGAUAUGGGGGUUGAACCAGUGCAUUCUGACAUGGCAAUGCGUGAAGUAGAGGAUUACUAUCUUAGUGACUCUGCUGUAUGCUCCUCCAUUGCUGAGAUACUUGAAGGGGUUGCCAAGCCUCCAAAUUUGGUGGCCGAACGAGACAGAGAUCUCUACGAACAACUCCUUGUAAUUGUAAUCCCAUCGACAAGAAAAGAGAACCUGGAUGAAGAGAUUCUAUUUGUGACAGCUUUGAAGGCACUAUCACUUGUUGUCUACAAGAUUAGCAAUGUUUACCAUGCUUCACUUCUAAGAAAUAUUUUCUCAAUGUGUAUUUGGGAUUAUGGUUUGGAUGCCAGAACUGCUCUGUUGGAGUUAAUCGCUAACUUGGCUGUUGUACCCGACGAGUUCCUUGAAGAUAGCUUAGAGAUGCUCGUAAGAAAUUUUCAGCCACCGGAAAGGUUGCAUGGAUAUGUUUACCAACCAAGAUGGCAUGAAGAAAAGAAAAGGAUUAAUGGCCAGUUAUAUGAAACUUUGUAUUCUAUCACUUAUUUGGUACCCCUUGCUCCUUUGAAGCUAAAGGAUGUUCUUGAGAGAAGAAUGCCAACAUUCCGUGCUAAUAAAGCGCCGUUGUUAUCGUUUGUGGAGUGUAUGCUGGGUUUGGAAAGUAAUGAGAUUGGAGAAUAUCUUCAGAGCACAUUGCUUUCAAUGGUGGUCGAACUGCUUGUUGAUCUAGACGUAAAUAUAACUUGGAAGGAUAUUCUAACGGAAGAUUAUAAUAGAGGCAUAUUUGACAUGGAGGUGGAAGACUUGGAGGACAAUGCGGAGAACAAUUCAGUUGGCAGCCAAACAGUUUGCAGAAAGGGUCAAGGUUUUGGAGAUCUUAAACAAAAGUUGACUGACAAGUUAGAUUGUGUUAUGGUGAUUGUUUGUGAGCAUAUCAAAUCAUCAGCUUCUGAUCGUAGAUUGGAGAAGGUAUUUGAAACACUUAUGGAGUCCUUUCGAAAAACUGUGUUGAAUGCUUAUAAGUCAAAAUUCUCACAGUUCAUAAUGUUCUAUGCUUGCUCGCUGGACCCCGACAUUUCUGGCUUGAAAUUUGCUAUUUUUCUCACGGAUACUUUUGUUUCGAAAGAUGAGUAUCCAAAUUCAAGGAUGAGCGCAGUUGCCUAUCUUGCUAGCUACUUGUCUCGAGCGAGGUUUAUUUCUUCUGCGGUGGUUUCCAGCAUAGUUAAAAGGUUAGUGGAAUGGUGUUAUGAUUAUUGCUAUUUACCGGCUGGAAGUGAAAGAAUAAAGAACCCCCAAUAUCAUCGCAUCUUUUAUGCUGGUUUCCAGGCUGUAAUGUACAUACUUUGCUUCAGAAUGCGAUUGUUGAUGGAUAUUCCAGAGCUCAAGGAAAUACUUUUUCAUUUGCCAUUAGAAGCAAUCUUAUGCCAUCCUCUGGAUCCUUUGAGGGUAUGUUUGCCUACAAUAGUGCAAGAGUUCUUACGUCAAGCUAUGGCAGCUCAUCUACUAAAGAAACCUUUCUUGUCCUGCAUUCAAAACGAAUUGCUGGAGUCUGAAUUUUCGAGAGGUUUUGGCGGGGUUGAGAGGCUCGAUAUGUUCUUUCCUUUUGAUCCAUACUUGUUAAAACAAUCCGACAGAUUCAUGAGGCCCAACUUCGAGUUCUGGUCCAUGGUGAGGAAAACAUACAGUAAUUUCAACAGUGAUGAUGAUUUGGAUGAUCUGGAUCCGGACUCCAUUGAUGAGGGCAGUGAUGAUGGUCUUGAUGAAGAGGUUGCUGAUGAGGAUGAUGAAGACGAAGACGAAGACGAAGACGAAGUUGAACUUGGGUGUUCCAUGAACAACAUGUCGAUCACUCCAAGACCGGUCUUUGAGAUGGCGACCGCCAGCGGCAGCAUUCCAAUUCCGAGUAGAAUGCCUGCCAGAAUCAGACCAUCCGUAAGCCCUGUCUAGUCACCCCUUCCACAAUCAAAAUUUGAUUUAUUUUGAUUAUUUGGAGGAUAGAUGGACAUCAUCCUGUUCUUCAAUGUUCUAGAAAGGGGAGCUAUGCUUGUUGGAGAAAGAGGGGAAAGAGCGAAAGUGUCAAUUUUGUAUUUGAAUUUAAUUUUGAUAGUUAAAGGUUUUCUUGUAAUGCCAAUAAUAGAAUACAACUAUAGUACCAUAAAUGGGUUGGAACACUAUCAUCACUUUUGGCUCUUGGAGAAAUUGGAAGUGGUUGCCUAGGAAAUUUUGGGUAUAGCUUAUUCAUUUUUGGACCUUUCAGAGCAAAGUGUAACUGAAUUUUUCGCAAAGAAUUUAAUGAUAUAGUAUUAUAUCUUAAUUUCA